AUGCAAACUCCUUUCAAAACAGAUGAAACUACUUAAUAAAUCAACGAUAGCGAUCUCAAAUCACAAUAGGUUGAAAUCAAGAAGAAAAUAUCCAAGCAACAAAGCCAUGUUAUUUAUCCUCGAAUUGGAUCGAACUAUCAAGCUGAAAUUCGGAAUUCACCAAUCAAUACUCAAAAAUGUAAAAAGUUUUGUCAAAACUUGAAAAUUUGGGAUGGUAGUUCAAAGAAGCAUUUGAAGCUUGAAGUUGAAAUGGAAAGAAAACGUCUUCGCUAUUUGAUGGGAAGAGAAUUCAAUUCUGAAGACUCUAUACUUACAAUGUUCUUCAUAAACAAUUUUGAUAGAGCCAAAGUGAAUUCAGCUUUGAAGAUAAAGAAAGAAGAACUAUAGAAUAAUAAUGUACUUUGA